UCUGUGUGUCACAAAGCGUGAACCCCCUUACGUUCGUACACUUUUGGGGUUAUUUCUAGUUGAUUUCAUUGAAAAAUAUGACUACAGUUUUGCCUUUAGUUGCUGGAACGUCAAGUGCAAUAGCAGCUGGUGCAAUUUUAUACAGAAUCAUUAGACCCAAGUUCAGCAUCCGUGUCAACUGCUGGUUUUGUUGCCGUGAUACAGUAGUGCCGUAUGGAAACAAGGACUGCUGGGACUGCCCUCACUGUGAACAGUACAACGGGUUUGCUCAGGAUGGUGACUACAACAAGCCCAUCCCGUCCCAGUAUUAUGAGAGUAUGAACCAUCCAAUGACAGCAGUACAGACAGAAGAUGCCUACAAAGACAGCCGCAGUGUGUUGUGUGAGGCUUGCAGCAGGAAUCAGCUCCUCAAGAUCAAACAGUUGGCCAACUUUGUCCCCUGUAACGAGGGUAACUAUGACACAGAGGUGGCCAUGUACAGAGAUCAGCUGGAGCAUACCUAUCAACUGUGUAAAACCUGUCACAUCAAAGUUAAACAAACAUUAAACAAACAAGACCAGGUGUUACAGAGAAAGAUGAUGAAACAACACCUGAAGACACCUGACUCUCCCUCAGCUUGCUCAGAUCAUUUUGUCCACAAGGUGGGGCCACCUGCUCACAUCAAUCUAUUACGCCUCACCUCCCUCCUGUGUGCAAUCACGCUGCUAGUCAUCAACUUCCACAGUCUUCAGGAACACAGCGACACUCCCCUCAUCAACCUGCAGCGAUAUCUACCUAGAAGUGCUCUGAAGUAUCUGUCCCAGAUCUACAGCCUGGCGUAUACAGUGGUGUUUCUGGGAUUUUUCAGUGGGAUAACAGCAACAUUUCUGUUUGGGAAAGAUAGGCUAGUGUUGUGGGAUGCUGUGGCCUCCUUUGUGUGGCUGGGACUCCUUUUCGUCCACUCCAGUCUCCCGGCAAAGCUGACUCGUUUACAGGCCCAGGACAGCCAUAUUUUACAGGUUGCGCUAGCGCUGCUGUGCACCCUGUUAAGCAUGUUAUGCUGGUUAAUUGAUAGAACACCUAGAAGUCAGAGGAGGCAGCUCACUAGAGGGAGGCACAGGAGAGCCAGCAGCUUUAUGUCAGACACGUCAGACCUCUCUCACCACUCUAGUCCUGGCGCUGACAGAAUGUCUGCAUCUUCAGAGGACUUUGACAGUGUUAGUCAAGUAUCCAAUCACACAGGAGCAUCAGGUCACAUGACACAUCAGAUAUCCAAUCACAUGUUGACCACAAGUCAUGUGACAAGACAUUUGCCCAAUCACAAUGAUACAAGAGAGACCUUGCAGUCUGGGCAUCCUAUUGAUAGCAAGUUGGAAACCAUGAGUUUGGGACCUCCAUCCAGGAGAAAAACUGGCAAGGGUGCUUUUGACUUGAAGGGCGUCAUUUCCUCCAAUCAUGUCACCUCCACCACCCCUACACCGCGCGGCAUUCUGGGAUCACUGGGGAAGAAACGCCCACUCAUAUCUCCUGCCAGGUUCACGGCCAGUCCAGGGUCACCAGCAGGGGGCGCUGCAGUGACAGCUGGACGUGGUGCAGUGACUGCUAGAAAACUGUUCAACUUCUCUCAGAGCUGUGGUCCUGGAGUACGUAGCUUGAAUGGUUCCAGUACAGGACACAACAACAACAAGGAAAUGACAGAAGAAGAAAGCAACUCCUCCUCAUCUUCCUCAUCUCUUUGUCCUGUGGACAGUUCAUGUCCAUAUGAAAAAGAAGAGAAAAGUAACACACAGAGUAAGAGCUCCUUGUUCUGGCAAAGCCUGCUUGGGGUCAGCAUUGGUUUGAAUGUGGCUGUGGCUGCUUAUGUGGCUGCAGAUUACUUUGGCUUGGGAUUGAGGUGAACUCAGAUCAGGAUGGUUUGAGGAUUGAGGAUAUCUCGGAUCUGGAUGGUUUGAGGAUUGAGGAUCGAGGAUAUCUUGGAUCUGGAUGGUUUGAGGAUUGAGGAUAUCUUGGAUCUGGAUGGUUUGAGGAUUGAGGAUUGAGGAUAUCUUGGAUCUGGAUGGUUUGAGGAUUGAAAUGAACCCAGCUCUGGAUUUUUGGAGGAUUCGUUGUCGUUGAGAGGAAGAAGAGGUCAGGGUGAACCCCUACCAGUCAUACCCUUCACUGCCAUGGCAAAUUCUUAUAUAAAAAGAUGAGCUUGUACCAUGACAUAACAUAUUCUCAGUAAUUGAUUUCACAAAUCCGUUCCUUACCACUGCCACUGUAGUGAAACAGACAUGAUGUAGGAUGUGCUCUGCCAGACCUCCAUGUGUCUGUGUCAUGUUGUGUGAACACAUUAUGAGAUAAUCCUGCUCUAUUUUAUUAUACAGAUGCUAUACUAAUGGAUUUGCUUCUACUCUCACUUUGAUUCUUGACUUUGGGAGUCUGUACACUUGACCUAAAAAGUUUGGAAACAUUUUGAAUUAUUAUGAAAUAACUAUAUGAGCUAAGGUAAAUAUUUUAUCCAAAUAUUGACGGAGAAUGCAUCCAUCAUUCGUUACUUUUUUAUAUACACUGAAGGUUUUCCCACUAUAUUACAUAUUUUUUAAAUAACUGAAAAACAAUUUCAUGUUUGUGAACUUUUUUGGUCAAGUGUAUAUUAUCAUCAUAAGUAACCAGACACCUAAUUGAAUCUAUAUUAGCAGUAUUGGAUGAUACAAGAAGAUAUAUGAUAGCUGGUAUGAAGUACUAGUGCAGUGAUGUUACUAUGAUAUUUAUCUAAGCAGCUGCAGAUUUCACAGUGAAACAUCUUCUUUAUAACCAGGAAGAUAACAUUGUUUUGGCAGGAGCUUAUCAGAAAUUUCUUAGACAUAAAACUGACAGCUCGAGUUGUUUCUUUUCUUUAUUUUCUGCUUAAAAGAAUAUCUACAAUCAUUUCAACUAGGAGAGAGCAAGACAGAGCUAGCCAAACGGAGGUUGAUUAUUAUAAAAUCUUUAUAUUCUUCUCUCGGAGAGAGACUGGUAACUCAAGUUUGACUUUUGACCCAAAGGGAAAGUUAAAUGGGUUCUUGUUCUUUAAACUGUGAUAUUAUGUGUUGAAAAGAUGAAAACAUAUAGUAGCUUUUUUUGUCCACACGAUUUUACUUAUAUAUCCCCAUUGCAUUUCUUUCAAUGUUGAAUAAUUUCCUUAUAAUAUAUAGCUUAACUUUACCAAAAAUUAUAGAAAAAUGUUUUGUUGCAUUUAUUGCUUUAAAAAGGA